AUGUGCUUUACGAUUUCAAUUAAUCGAAUUCAUACCAAAUCGAUUCCAACAAUCUUAGAUACAGAUAUUGGUACAGAUUAUGAUGAUCAAAUGGCAUUAACUUAUAUUUUAGCAAAUCCAUCUAUAUUCGAUUUGAAACUUGUUAUUUGUUCAACAUAUAAUACGACAGCACGUGGUCAAAUUGUUGCAAAAACUUUAGCAACAUUUGAUCGUUUUAAUGUACCCAUUGCUAUUGGUCAAAACACUGGUUCGAAAGAUAUUUUUGAAUAUGAAUGGGCACAAAAUUACACUCUUGAUCAGUUUCAAAAUGAUGGAGGAAUAGUAUAUGAAAAUGGUGAAGAAGCUUUAUUAAAAGAAAUGCAAAAAGCCAAUUCAGAUAACAUUUAUAAUUUUAUUGAAAUUUCACCAACAACAUCAUUGGGACAUGUUUUACAACGUUUACAACCAGAAACAUUGAAAUAUAUUCGUUUAUUUGCUAUGGCAGGAUCGAUCUAUCGUGGUUAUGGAAAUUCAAGUCAACCAUCAAAAGAAUACAAUGUUGUUGUUGACAUUCCCGCAGCUCAAAUGGUAUUUAAUGCAUCAUGGUCUUAUUUUGCUUUAGCUCCACUUGAUACUACGAUUUUUAUGCAAUUUUAUGGCCCUGAAUGGCAAACAUUUCUUUCAUUUCGUACUCAAAGUAAAUAUGUUCAAUUAGUUAUUGAUUCUUAUACCGUUUGGUAUAAUAAUGGAGGAAAAUAUAAUGGUGCUAUAAAACCUUUUAGUCCAGAAAAUGGUACAAGUACAAUGUAUGAUGUUUUAGCAGCAUUUUUAGCUGCCAAUUAUCCACGAGCUUUUACUAUGGUCGUUCAAGAACUUCCAAUAAUCGUUACUCAAGAUGGUUUUACAAAAAUCGAUUCAAUUUUAGGAAAACAAGUCAAUAUAUCUGUGGAAUUUUUAACAUCAGAUCCAUAUAUAUCAGCAGAAUUAAUUGGCAUUACUGUAUUAGAUGCAAUUAUUUACAGUUAA